UAUAUUAUUUGUACUUUGUACUUUUCUUUCUUUCUAUUAUACGAUACCUUUUAAAACCCAGCACUCGAUCAAAAAUUUAAUUUGUUUAGUAUCCGUUAAUGGGCACAAGGAAACAUGACAAGGAAGCGGUAUUAGUGUCGGGGGCUAGUGGGUUCUUGGGAGGACAUGUUGUCAAGCAACUCUUAGAAAAGGAAUUCUUUGUGAUAGCAACUGUUAGAUCUGAACAAGCAGGUAAAGUCCUUAAAAGUGAGCUUGCUAAUAUUGACGAUUUCACCUAUGAAUUAGUACAAUUGUCCGACAAGCUCUCGUUUGAUAAGGUAUUCAUAAAGCACCCUAACAUCUCAAAAAUAAUACAUACUGCUGCACCGUUUGACUUUCGAGUACCUAACCUUCGGAAGGAUGUGAUCGAAGCAACUGUGGAAGGAACCCGAAAUCUUUUGGCUUCAACGUUGGAAAAUGCUCCCAAUGUCACCCAUAUAGUCAAUACCUCCAAUCUUAUAUCUCAUUUUACCUUGGAUCAAUACAGCAACACCGCAUUGAUAUUGAAUGAGAAAUGCUGGUGCAAUUACAGCUUCGAAGAGGGGAUACAAAAUCCGUUCAAGGCGAGUCAUUAUAGCAAAGCAAACGCUGAAAAAGUGUUUUGGGAAUUUAUUUCAUCUCAUAAGGAUCGCUUCACUGGAAGCAGUGUUUCCCCUGGAUUCAUGUUUGGGCCUCAACCUUUUGAUCAAUAUGUACUAAAAAGUCUGCUUAAUACUUCGUCGGAGCUAAUAAAUGAAGUUUUAAACUUGGGCCCUGAAGAUCUUGACCACCUUCCAAAUUUAUUUGGGUACCUCACUGACGUCCGAGAUGUAGCUAGGUUACAAAUCAGCACCUUUACAAAUGAAAGCACCCACAAUAAACGAUUGGUACCAGUAUCAGGACAGUUUAGCAUGCAUGGCAUUCUUAAUUUUGCAAAAGAUAGAUUUCCUAAAAUCUCAAAACAGCUACCACCAAGAGCAAGGGUAGAAAUCAAACUUUUUCAGAUUGACGAUUCGGCCACGCGAGAAGUUUUAGACUUUCCUUUAACACUUGGGGAAGUCACCAUAUAUGACUCUAUCAAGCAAAUUCUUCAAGUCAAGAAUCGAUUGUAGUGUAUAAAUCCAUAUAAGAAUCAACAGCUUCUGGUUCUACACGACCUAUACU